UGGCUGGGAAAAGGGGUGGGAUUUUAGAAUCGUGCCUCACAAGCUCUGCCUCCCGAUGUGGGAGAGAGUCGAGGCUUUCCAGCAGCAUGAGUGUGUUUGCAGGUCAAUCUGGGAACUCCAGGGUAAUGGCUGCCUUCAGCUACUUAAAGACAUAGUUGCCAGCAAUCGGGGUAUUGUGAGGAGCAACCAAGGACUAGGGGCCAGAGUAUUCCGAGCACCACUCUCUGCCAUCCUGCCAACCGAGCCUUUCUCCUGCUGGAUGUUGCCUGUCUCYGGAAGCCUCUCACCAUGAUCGAUAGCUCCAAGAAGCAGCAACAGGGUUUCCCAGAAAUUUUAACUGCUGGAGAUUUUGAACCUUUAAAAGAAAAGGAAUGCCUUGAGGGGAGCAACCAGAAAAGUCUCAAGGAAGUGCUCCAACUGAGGCUGCAACAAAGGAGGACAAGAGAACAACUAGUGGACCAGGGCAUCAUGCCACCUUUGAAGAGCCCAGCAGCAUUCCAUGAACAGAUAAAAAGCUUGGAACGAGCCAGAACUGAAAACUUUUUGAAACACAAGAUACGGAGUCGACCAGAUCGUUCUGAACUUGUCAGGAUGCACAUUUUAGAAGAAACAUUUGCUGAGCCAUCCCUGCAAGCUACUCAGAUGAAGUUGAAAAGAGCUCGACUAGCUGAUGAUCUGAAUGAAAAGAUUGCGCAAAGGCCGGGACCCAUGGAGCUGGUGGAGAAGAACAUUCUUGCUGUGGACUCUGGUGUCAAGGAGGCAAUGAUAGGUGUUGGGAAGGACGACUAUCCCCACACUCAGGGUGAUUUCUCAUUUGAUGAAGACAGCAGUGACGCUUUAUCUCCAGACCAGCCAGCGAGCCAGGAAUCACAGGGGUCAGCCGCAUCCCCGAGUGAGCCAAAAGUUAGUGAAUCCCCAUCUCCUGUGACUACAAACACUCCAGCCCAGUUUACUUCAGUGUCCCCAGCAGUUCCUGAAUUCUUGAAAACUCCUCCAGCUGUGGACCAGCCUCCCACAAGGUCCACUGCUCCUGUCCUCCCCACGAACACUGUGUCCUCAACGAAACCUGGCCCAGCACUGGUGAAGCAAAGCCAUCCCAAGAAUCCAAAUGACAAACACCGUAGCAAAAAGUGCAAAGAUCCUAAACCACGGGUAAAGAAGUUAAAGUACCACCAAUACAUUCCACCCGAUCAGAAAGGUGAGAAGAAUGAGCCACAGAUGGACUCCAACUACGCCCGCCUGCUCCAGCAGCAGCAGCUGUUCCUGCAGCUGCAGAUCCUGAGCCAGCAGCAGCAGCACUACAGCUACCAGACCAUCCUGCCUGCACCAAUCAAAAAUGACAAAAAUAACAGUGGGAAUUCAGCUUUGACCAACAGCAUGCCCGGCACACCAAGACAGAAUCCAUGUGCCCCUGCGAGAAAGCCAGGACCUCUGCCCUCCAGCUUGGAYGACUUGAAGGUAUCGGAACUGAAGACAGAACUAAAGUUGAGGGGUCUGCCGGUGUCGGGCACCAAACCGGACCUCAUUGAGCGCCUGAAACCCUACCAGGAGGUCAACAGCAGUGGCCUUGCCUCUGGCAGUAUCGUGGCAGUGUCAUCAUCGGCCAUCAUCACCAAUAACCCAGAAGUCACUGUGGCAUUGCCAGUCACAACCCCACAAAACGCUGUGACUAAUUCAGUCUCUACUUUGAAGGCAGAAGUGCCGACUACUGCACCCACCAACACAGCCCAUGCUGAAAAUAUUCAUUCCCCUCUGCCAAUCUCCCCCUCGCCCUCCGAUCAGUCCAAUUUGAGUACUGACGACACAAACAUGACAGACACUUUCACCGAGAUCAUGACCAUGAUGUCUCCCUCACAGUUCUUAUGCUCCUCUCCCUUGAGAGUGGCAAACCACGAWGACAGCCUGAGCCCCACCAGCAGCACCCUGUCAAACCUGGAACUGGAUGCUGCCGAGAAGGAUCGCAAGCUUCAGGAGAAGGAGAAGCAAAUCGAAGAGCUGAAAAGGAAACUGGAACAAGAGCAGAAGCUUGUGGAGGUUCUGAAAAUGCAACUUGAGGUGGAAAAACGAGGGCAGCAGCGGCCACCAGAACCCCAGCCUGGCACCCCUGCUCCCUCUGUCACAGCGGAUCAGAAACAUGGCGGCCCUGGUUCUUCCAUCAAGGACGAGGCCUCACUCCCUGACUGCUCCAGCCCCCAGCAGCAUAUGCCUGUGGCCAGCCACUCUGUAGGCCAGCCCAUCUCUACAGGUGGCCAAACCCUGGUUGCUAAAAAGGCUGUAGUCAUCAAGCAAGAGGUCCCCAUGGCGCAAGCAGAACAGCAGAGUGUGGUCUCGCAGUUUUAUGUGAGUUCCCAGGGACAGCCUUCUGCCAUUGUCGCUCAGCCCCAGGCUUUACUGACCACGCAGACUGCUCAGCUGCUGCUCCCGGUGUCUAUCCAGGGUUCGAAUGUCACCUCAGUGCAGCUGCCAGUAGGCAGCCUCAAACUCCAGACUCCACCACAAACAGGAAUCCAGACUCAGCCUCAGACAGCAACUGCUACACAAAUACCAGCUGCGGCCCUGCCCUCAGGCCUGGCCCCAACCGUACCUCAGAAACAGGAGGCUUUCCCGCAGCACGUGCUCAGCCAGCCCCAGCAAAUCAGAAAGGUUUUCACAAACUCGGCACCAAAUACAGUUCUUCCAUAUCAGAGGCCACCGGCUCCAGGAGUCCAGCARCCCUUCAUCAGUAAGGCCUCCAACUCUGUUCUUCAGGCCAGAAACCCUCCACUUUCAUCCCUGCAAAACGGACCCAGCGCUCCCAGCAAGCCUAGCUCGCCCCCUCCACCCCAACAGUUUGUCAUCCAGCACUCUCUGUUUGGGACCCCAGUCACCAAGGCAAAAGACCCACCCCGCUACGAAGAGGCCAUCAAGCAGACACGCAGUGCACAGUCCCUUCCAGAGAUUUCCAACGCACACAGUCAGCAGAUGGACGACCUAUUUGAUAUCCUCAUAAAGAGUGGAGAGAUUUCCCUCCCUAUAAAAGAAGAGCCUUCCCCAAUUUCCAAAAUGAGGCCAGUGACAGCCAGCAUCACCACCAUGCCAGUCAACACAGUGGUGUCCCGGCCACCACCCCAAGUUCAAAUGGCACCACCUGUGUCCUUAGAACCUAUGAGUAGUUUAUCCGCCAGCUUAGAGAACCAACUAGAAGCCUUCUUGGACGGAACUUUACCUUCAGGUAGUGAAAUGGCUCCACUACAAAGYAGCAGUGAAGACAGGGAACCCUUCUCCCUGAUCGAGGAUCUCCAGAACGAGCUGCUGAGUCACUCUGGCAUGCUGGGCCACGCACACUCACCCAUGGAGACCUCCGAGGCCCAGUGUGCCGCAGGGGCUCCCUGUCUGUCUCUCGACCUCUCAGACUCCCACCUGGACAGCAUGGAGUGGCUGGACAUCACCAUGCCCAACACAUCCUCGGGGCUCACUCCCCUCAGCACCACUGCACCAAGCGUGUUCUCUGCGGACUUUCUAGACCCACAGGACCUCCCACUGCCAUGGGACUAACAUCAUAGGCUGCUUGUCUCAGAAUUCAUGAGGUUUCAGAAUAUGAAGAAGAUUCUAAGAGGUCAGUUUUUAGAGAUAGAUCCAUAGUUGCAUUGUUGCAAUUAAAACAUGUGAUAGAGUAGCUAAGAAGGUCAAGGCCUGGAAACCAAGUUUGAAACCUUUCAUUGCAUUCAGCAGUGAAUUCCUACAAUAUAACAUGGCACAGGGCCUUCUGAAACACUAGUCCAAGAAGACUCGCCUGGUUCUCCAGACUGCAGUACAGAAGGAAAAGUACCUUUAGAUAAAGACAUAAGAAAGGGUAAGACAUGCAGGAAAAUGACACUAGGAUUCUCUGGUAAUCAACUACAUGUAAACCUCUGUGGUCACUGGGACCCUAAAUAAAAGGCAGACAGCUCCACUCACAAACCAAGGCCRCAGUGAGGGAGAGGAGAGGUCUCUGUAGGAGCCACUUCCUAGAGAUGGCCUGAGCCAGCCGGGCACAGCGGGGGGUUGGAGAGUGGAGAGGGCUGCCCAGCUUGGUGCGACAGCUUCCAAAGGAAGACUUUUGCUCCACUCAGAAACCUGUGAUUUUUUUGUUGUUGUUGUUGUAGUUUAUUUUGCAAUUUUUGGAAUCUUACUUUAGAAUUCCAAAUUUAAAUGGAAGAUAUUUCACCACAACCAUAUGUCUACAAGAUAUUGUCAGACAAUCCACUGUAAAAAGUCCAGGUAUAUUGAUAACACUGAAAAUUCUAUUAGCAGCCCUCUGGGUUGAUUCGAUUGGUUUUAAUGUGUAUAUUAGGCAUUUAUAUGUACACUCUGACUUUGUGACUUGUAUAGCUGACGUUAGGGUAAGGAAAUGGGUAUCCAGUGGUCCUACUUUAAGAACUCAAUAUUUCUAGAGUACUUGAGCCACAUGUAUUUUCAUAUUUAAAGAAUUGCUGACUAACUUUCAGGUAACCAGACCCAUCUCAAUGAACCAAGAAAAGGCUAGCAUGAAAUGUCUUUCUGAGCUGGUGAAUUAGAAGAAUGGAAGGUAAGGGGAAAGUCCUCUGUGAACCAGGACCAGGACAUUCCCACCUCAAGUCCAAGUUAGACUGUCCAUGAGCUCGGCCACCAGAUCCCAGCUCUGGCCGUCUUUGUCACCAGUCCCUGGUUAUCAUUUUACAGGCUUGUAACUGGAUGUCCUACCCAAGCUCUCACUAUAUUAUCAAGCCUAAAUAUCAAAAAACUGGAGGUUUUAUUAAUGUUUUUMUAUAUUUAAAAAAAAACUAUCACAUUUGUCAAGUAGUUUAAGAAAUUCUGAAAUGCCAACUAUCACAAGAUUUCCCAAAUUAUUUUGAUCUAGUAGUUUUAUGUAUAUAUAAAAUGUAAAUAAUGGAACAAAAAACUGAAAUCUUCCAAACAAGGGUGGAGGGCUUUACUAAAUAAUGACACUGUGCCGUCUCCUCACCCUGUGUAGGCCCAAGGGCCAGGUUGAUUCCUGGGUCAUUAGAUGGUGGAUGCUCCACACAAGUGACACGCAAGAGGCAGCCUGACCCAUUGUUUGGGAAGAAUUUGUGAAUCAUUUCUGGGUUUGYGUUUUGCCUAAAAAUAUAAUUCUUUUUUGGUCUAUAAAUUUUACUAUAUGUAAGAAAAGUCCACCUUUCCAACACUAGCUCCCUGGAGCCCUCUGUUAACUGCACUUUCUGGCUUGAAGGUGCUGAUGGUGCUGACAUGCAAGGCAGAGGCCACUGUGCUCAACGUAGUCAGUGAUGAAACUGGCAACCCACCCCAGGGUACGGCAAGUCUAUGACCAGCUCCCACCCAGGCAGAUGAGGGCUUCCCAGCAUAGCUAAUGGGACCCAGGUCAGUUCCCCGGUAGGGAUGGUCUCCAGAGCCAGGUUAUCACUUGGGAAGUGACCUUCCCUAUGGAAGGUCUUAGCCCUGGAUUUUCUGAGGGCUUCUGUCUGGGGUUCAUCAGGUCCAGUCUCCAAGCACCUUCUUUGUUCAGAUCUUAAUAGUGUGUUAAUUAGCACCGACUAGCAGUGGGACUGUAGAAGGCAACUGAACACCUUGUGCUCCUAACGCCUGUUGGGUGACUUCCUGGUUCCAUAAUCCUGAGUUGCAUGCACAGAUCGUUUUCCAGCCCUCGGGUCCCUUCAUCAGUAGGGACCUGAGAACUUGAAACACCACCGAAAGUUUGCUCUCCAGAAACACAUCACGCAGCACAAAGAAUGCCGGCUUGUUAGCAGUGUGUAGUCAAAGARCAGCCUACAUGCGCUCGAGCCUUGGUGUGCAGCGUCUCGUCCUCCAGAAGGCAGUGGGCCUGCAGCACCUCCCGCCAGCAGCCAUCCCACUCGCACCAUUCCACUUGGCCCCCCUUUCCCAGCCCAAGUAGCCAGCAGGCACCUGGGACACAGUGCCACUUUCCAGGGCCUCACCCCCAUGUCCAGGUAAGGGCGAGCACAUGGGCAGUGUGUUGGCACGCAUGUGACACAACCAAAGACCACUCUGCACACCAGGCCUUUGACCUGGCAGAGGUGAUGUGCACGUACUAAAGGUGGCUUUCUGCUGUUGGAAGCUAGUUUCAUAGCCAUUAAAGCACAGGACAAAAGAGGACAAAGUCGAAUUCUCGCUAUGCAUGUGUGUGGUUCAGAUGUGCUGCUGUUGUACAUCAUAUUGCAAAGUACUCCAUUGCCAAGGAAACAGGCCUAGAAACAUUGUCACACCCAUCUUAUUUCCCUGCAUAGUCUCAACACAGUAGCAUAGACCUUCCCUUCUACUGUAAUCAGGUCAACUUAUUGGGGGUGGGGUAGAUAAAAAGAACGAUGCUGAAGCUCCU